CGGGCGCGUGCGGGACGGCCGGGCCGGGAGCGAGCGGGGCCGGCCAGCCCUGCCUGCUUUAUAUAAUCUUUUUCAUCGCUUGGAUGCUUCGUUAUGAGCCACUAACCCGAGCAGGGGCUGAGUUAAUCCCUUGUUGCAGCAGUUUUGGGGCUGGGGACACAGCCCGGGUGUGCAGGAGGAGCAGGCAGCUCCUCUCCCUGAGGCCGAUGUCUCGGCUCUGAGCACAUCCAGAGGCUCCCUGCAGGGUCUGGAAUCGCGGGCAGGAUGAGGAUCGUGCUGGCCAAGGUGCUGUGUCUGCUGGGGAUCUGUGUCCUGGUGCUGGCCGGGGCCCUGCUGCCCGUCAGGAUCAUCGAGGCCGACUACGAGAAGGCUCAGCGCUCCCGGAAAAUCCUGGCGCUCUGGAAUUCCUUUGGAGGCGGCGUCUUCCUGGCCACCUGCUUCAACGCCCUGCUGCCCGCCGUGAGAGGGAAGCUCGAUGAGGUCCUCAGGCAGAACAACGUCACCACGGACUACCCGGUGGCCGAGACCAUCAUGAUGGUCGGCUUCUUCCUGACGGUCUUCGUGGACCAGCUCUUCCUGAGCUUCCAGAAGGAGAAACCCUCCUUCAUCGACCUGGAGACCUUCAACGCCGGCUCGGACGCGGGCAGCGACUCGGAGUACGAGAGCCCCUUCAUCGCCUCGUCGCGGGGCCGCGCCCCGUACGGGGAGCACGGCGCCCACUCCCACAGCCUCAACCUCCCCGAGCUGUCACGCUGCGGCCCCCGGCGCCUGCUGGGGCUGGUGUUCGCCCUCUGCACGCACUCCAUCUUCGAGGGCCUGGCCCUGGGCUUGCAGGAGGACGGCGGCAGAGUGGUCAGCUUGUUCCUGGGGGUGGCCGUGCACGAGACGCUGGUGGCCGUGGCCUUGGGCAUCAGCAUGGCCAAGGCGUCGCUGGCGCUGAGGGACGCGGCCAAGCUGGCGGUGGCCGUGUGCCUGAUGAUCCCGCUGGGGAUCGGCGUCGGGAUGGGCAUCGAGAGCAGCGGGAACGCCGCGGGCAGCGUCGCGUCCCUGCUGCUGCAGGGCGUCGCCGGCGGCACCUUCCUCUUCGUCACCUUCUUCGAGAUCCUGGCCAAGGAGCUGGAGGACAAGAGCCAGCGGCUGCUCAAGGUGCUGUGCCUGGUGCUGGGUUACGCCGCGCUGGCCGGGCUGGUGCUCAUCCCGUGGUGAGCCGGGAGCCUCGGGGAGCAAAACCUCGCCUCUCCCCUCGCACCGGCACCGGCACCGGGAGGAGCCGCCCCUCUCGCCGCUGGAACGGCCCAGCCCGGGCGGCGUUCCCAUGAUGACCUGGAGGAGGGGAAUCUCUUCCAGAGUGAGGGAUGUCCCGAGGGAUUGGCCCUUCCCGAGGGGGCUGCAGGGAUUAGCGGACACAGGAAUGAAGGAUCUGGGUAAAAUCUGCUUCCAAGAGCUCCUCGAGUGUGUGUAGCUUCCUGCACUGCCCAGAGCCCACUCUGCCUCCUUCCCCUGGCCCAUGCUCCGGAGUGGGCUGGGAGCCUGCUCCAGAGGAGGCGAGGAGCAAACAGCAGUGGAGGCAGAGCAGGUGGGAGCAGGGAUUGCCAGGCUGCACUAAGCUGCUUUUGCUGGCUUAGUUCGGAGCAAAACCUGGUUGUAAGAGCUGCCAAAAAUAACAUCCCUGUGGGGCUCGGGCCUUCCAGGCCCUGCUGCCUCUGCACGGCUUCCGGUGCCCCACCUGGGGCUGGGGGAGCUCAGCUUUCCCAGGGAUUCAUGGAAGAAAUGAGGCCGGGCCCCUCUACCCUGCUUCCUUCUCAGCAUCGUAUCCACAGGCUGAGCAUUAUUCCCUAAGGAAAACCUCUGAAAAUCAGAGGAUGGAUCCCAGGACGGUUUGGGGGGACCUUAAAGCCCAUCCAGUGCCAUGGGCAGGGACACCUUCCACUCUCCCAGGUGGCUCCAGGCCCCAUCCAGCCUGGCCUUGGACACUUCCAGGGGUGGAGGAGAUCCUCCCGUUAUCCAGAACCUGGGCUCCACGAGCUUGCAGGAAACGGGCAGUAACAAUUCCCAGCACUGAUAUUUUGGGGCAAACUCCCGUGUUUUCAGCACUGGGCUGAGCCGUUCCCAUCAGGGGCUGCUCCAGGGCUUUUCCAGGUUUCCAAAGGAAUGGAAUCUCCUCCCUUGGCGGGGAGUGGAGGUGAUGCUGAGAGACACGAGCAGCUCUCAGCGGCCGCAGAGCCCCUGGGAAGCUCCAUGUGCUGCUGCUCCCGCUGGAUUUGCCCUUGGGAGCGAGGAGCCGGGAUCAGAGGCUGGAGCUGGGAACGUGCUCCCCCCCAGCUGUGAAACAGAGCCCUGCUCAGGCAGGGGCUGCAUUUUAAUUACCCGGAGCCUUCUCUCCUGCAGCAGCUUCCGCCGGGCUGCUGGAAGCGCUGAUGGAAUUAUGAGGAUGGCGCAGUGCCGGCAGCGGGAAGGAGGCUCGGAGCCUCCGCGGUGGCCCAGCUGCAGCAUAUGGAGGCAGCUGAGCAUCAUCUGACAGAUCCUGGGGCUCGUUAGUUUAAUUGCUGCAACAUCCCCGAGUCAAUUAAUCUUCCUUUGAAAACCUGGAGUGGAGAGGGGGGGGGUGGUGCGGAGGGAGGUUAUUUUGGGCCUGGCGUGACACAAAGCAGCGGGAUGAGGACAACGUGAUUGUGGCAAAGCCUCGGGGCUGUUUCACCUCCCCUGGGGCUCGACCUCUCUCCUGCCAGGGACAAAGAGGGGAGGUGACACGGUGUGAGUGUCCCCUGUCGGGCUGUCACCUCCUUUUCGCACCCUCCUGCUGCAGUUUGGGAUUUUUGGGGGGGGGGCGUGAAGUGCCGGGGGUGCUGAGCUCCCCCAUCCUCACCCCGCCGCCCUGGGGGGGGUUCAUCCGCAGGAUCAUCCCGUGCUCCAGCGUGCAGGAGCAGGAGGAGGAGGAGGAGGCCGUGCUGCUCCCAAUAAAUUCCCUGCCCUUCU